AUCUGAAUUGAACAAAACUUUUUUUUUCCUCCUUUUCUGUGUGUUUAAUUUUUGUUCAACUAGGAUUUUCCAAGAAAAAAAAUCGACAAUAAUUCCCGAAUGGAAGUUCUUAUUUUUAAUGUUUUCAAUGCUGUUUACCAGGAGAAUUUAUCAUUGCUCAAGGAUUUGAUUCGUCCUUUGACAAAAAUCCAAAUUCAAACAAUAACAUCGAGCAAAUUUGAAGGUACAACAUUGUUGUUGAUCGCUGCACGACAUGGCCAUUAUCAUAUUAUCAAAUAUUUGAUCGAACAUUGUGAUGUUGACAUCGAACAGGUUGGAAAAGUUGAAUUCGAUGGCGAAACUGUACAUGAUACGCCCCCAUUAUGGUGCGCUGCAGCCGCUGGAAAUAUUGAUUGUGUCAAAUUAUUAAUUGAACAUGGUGCUAAUGUCAAUUGUACGACUUAUACGAAUUCCACUCCACUACGAGCUGCAUGUUUUGAUGGACAUUUUGAAAUUGUCAAGUAUUUGGUGGAGAAUGGUGCCGAUAUCGAAAUAGCAAAUAAACUUGGCCAUACUUGUUUGAUGAUAUCAUGUUUUAAACGUCAUUAUAAUAUAGCCUCAUAUUUGAUCGAACAAGGUUGUCAGAUCAAUAGACAAAGUAUGAAAGGCAACACUGCUCUACAUGAUUGUGCCGAAUCCAAUAGUAUGGACAUAAUGAAAUUAUUGGUCAAAAAUGGUGCCAUUCCUAAACGUGAUUGUUUUGGUUUAACACCAUUAAUGACAGCAUGUAUCAAUGGCAACAUUGAAAUUUUCAAUUAUCUUAAAUCGGUUUUCAAUUGUACAAUUGAAGAGGAAACGGAUGCUUAUCGAUUAUUGGGUGCAACAUUUGUCGAUAAACUAUAUAAUAUGAGAGAAGCAUUAAAAUAUUGGAAACAGGCCGCAUCAUUGACGACAAAAUGUAACAAAAAAUAUCUAGACAGUUUAAUCAAUAAUAGUGAAUCAUAUAAGAAAGCAUACAACAAUUCCACCGAAUUUCGAACUCAAGAAGAGCUUGAAAAUCUUUUAUAUGAUCCUGAACUUAUGAAGUAUCAGGCAAUGAUGAUUAGAGAACGUGUUCUAAGCAUUCAUCAUCCAGAUACUUAUUAUUUUAUUCGAAUUCAUGGUGAAUCGUUGGCCGAAUCAGGCAAAUAUUCACGCUGUCUAUCAAUGUGGAUGUACAAUCUUGAGCAGCAACAAAAUUAUUCAAAACCAUUGAACGAUAUUACGCAGAAUAGUUUCCUAUCGUUGAUUGAAUUAUUUACAUUGAUUUGCAAUAACAAAGAAUCUGAUUUAAACGCAUGUGAUAUACUCAAAGUGUUAGAGAUGGCCAUCUCCCAAGUAUUGAUUUCGUGCAAUAUAACACCAAAUAAUGUUGCCGGUGGUAGAAACAGUCGUAUUCAGUGUAUAUUCGACAAUAAAGCUUUAGUUAAGGAUGAACGUUUCAUGUUCAACGGAUUUCUUAACCCAUUAGAUCGUCAGUUCCUUAUCGUUAUUCAUUUAAUUGAUUUUAUGUGCCAAUUCAAAACGAAAAUGUCUCCAGAUAUUUGGAUCGAGUUCCAGAAAUUAAUGCGUCGCUUCCUAUCAUGUGAUCCUCGAUCAGCAAAUUCUCAAUCAUUAUUGCACAUCAUAUGCAUAUUAUCUUCCGAAAAUGAAACAUUAUCGACUAAUGAAAUUUCUUUUUUCAACGUAUUCCAAUUCAUUGUUGACCUUUGUACAAAUUUGAACAUUGUAGACAUUCGAGGCAAUACAGCAUUACAUUUUCUGAUGGACAGUGAUCAAGUGAAUCCUGAAAUGGUUGAAUAUUUAGUAGAUGCUGGUGCGCAUAUUGAUCUCCGUAAUGACAAAGGAUUGACACCAUUGGAUUUACUUGAUGAUAAACCACAGAAACUGAAAAAUCGUUGUCAAAUUCAAUAUGUAUCGCUUCAAUGUUUAUGCGCUCAAACCAUCAUCAAACACGGUAUUCCGAUUUCCGAAACAAUACCAAAAGAUUUACAAAAUUUUAUUAAUGAUCAUCAUCGUAAAGAUUUCUUCAAUACAAUAUUCACUUCUACAACUCCAUCACGAAACAAUUAAUUCUGACUAUUCAUUAUAUCAUCAUAUCUAUAUGAAAAGAUCUUCGAUAUUUCUUCACAUAACUAGAUUUCACUAUGUUUUUAACCAUCAUCAUUCUAGUUUCAUCCAUUUCGAAACAUG